GGACAAGCAUGGAUUCAUUACAGGAAAGAAAUGCAAGACAAUAUAAAAGUCAUGAUAAGACAAAUGGUGAUGCAGUUCUGAGAAAAAGAAAAUUGCAAAAGGCCACAGAAGCUGUAGAGUCAGAUUUUGCACAAUUCUUGAAUGGGGCACCCCCUCCACCUAAAGUUAAACGAUCUUCACCUCCUCCUCCAUCUCAUCACGGAAUCAUAAUAACCACCACUUGCUGGGCUCUAAUUAUUAUCAGUGUGGGGACCUUAGUUGCUGUCUUCAGGCAUGAGGAUGAAGAUGGCCUUAAAUGUGGACAAAGAGAUGAGAAACCUCUUCUCAGUUUCCCAAGUGAUAUUUCUGGUUCAUCAGAAAAGUCUCAUAGCCAAGGACAUUCCAAUAACAAAGAUCACAAGACUUCAUCUUGUGUUAGCAAUUCAGAGGAUGGUUAUACCUCUUUAUUUGUCCAAGCUCAACAAUCCAACUUUGCUGUGAGUGCAACUGGAAAUAUCCUACCACCUCCUCCAGAAAAAAAUAUCUUACAUCACCACCGCCUGGUCCUCCUCUUCCUCCUGCACCAUCACCACCUACAGCACCAAUGCCUCCAACACCACCAACAGCACCAGCACCAGCACCAGCACCAGCACCUAAAGCUCCUCCUCUGCCACCACCUAAAGCUCCAGCUCGUGGGCCACCACCACCUCCAAAAGCUGCUCGGCCCUCCACCAGCUCCGCUUCCUAAAGAAUACAAGGAAAAGAAUGACCAAGCAGGAGGAUCUGACAAAGCCAAGGUUAAUGAGGAAAUGAUGGAAAGCCUUUUUGGGUAUACACCUGUUGACAGGAAUAAGAAUAAAAAUAGAAAGGAUAAAUCUUAUUCAGAAGCCCCUCAGUAUAUCCAGAUUAUAGAAGCUAAGAAGGCACAAAACCUGUCAAUUCUUCUAAAAGCUUUGAAUGUGACGACAGAAGAAGUCAGUGAUGCUCUUAAGGAAGACUUUGUUGAAGAUGGCACAACACAAGAUGAAGAGCUGAAGCUUCGACUAUUCAAUGGCGCUCUUUCUCAGCUGGGACCUGCUGACAGGUUCUUAAAAGUCAUGGUUGAUAUCCCAUUUGCAUUUAAACGUCUGGAAUCAUUGCUAUUCAUGAACUCUCUUCAAGAAGAAGUGUCCGUUGCUUGCACAGAGUUGAAAAAGAGCAGACUUUUCUUGAAACUCUUAGAGGCAGUCCUUAAAACUGGCAAUCGCAUGAAUGAUGGUACUCUUCGUGGUGGUGCGCAGGCAUUCAAGCUUGACACACUUUUGAAAUUGUCUGAUAUGGCAAGACCACACUCCUACACUUUGUUGUCCAGAGAUUAUUCGAUCAGAAGGAUAAGAGCCGCACGUGCACUAAGCCAGAGCCAGAGCUUAUCCAGCAUGAAAACUGAAGAUCUUACUGAGGAUGUUACAAAUGAAUCUGAAGACUAUUUUCGGAACCUCGGUCUUCAGGUGGUUUCUAGGUUACCUGAAGACCUGGAAAAUGUAAGAAAGGCAGCACUUAUAGAUGGUGAUAACCUCACAACAACAGUUUCCAAACUGGGCCACUCACUAUUAGUGAGUUCCAACGUACUCUGGAAAGUUUUCUACAACACACAGAAGAUGAGAUCACACAGUUGCAAGAGGAAGAGAAAGAGGAUAAUGGCUUUGGUGAAGAGCACAGGAGAUUACUUCCACGGGAAUGCAGGAAAGGAUGAAGGAUUACGAUUAUUUGCAAUAGUUCGUGAUUUCUUAAUUAUGUUGGAUAAGGCAUGCAUUGAAGUGAGAAAGUCGGCCUCAUUGGCAUCUAGGACUCCAAGGAGACAGGCCCCAUCAGCUUCAGAUUCAGCUUCACCUUCACCUUCUUUUGAAUCUCGGCAGCCAAAUACUCCUGAUGCUCGGCAAAGAAUAUUCCCAGCGAUUAGGGAUCACCGAGCAGAUGAUUCUAGUUCAGAUGACGAGGGCUUUUCCCCA